AUGGUUCAAUCCUCCGUUCUGGGUUUCCCCCGUAUGGGUAAGCUCCGUGACCUGAAGAAGGCCACUGAAGCUUACUGGGGUGGCAAGAUCUCUCGUGAUGAGCUGCUUGCUGAGGGUAAGCGUCUCCGUGCUGCCCACUGGCAGCUGCAGAAGGCGGGCGGUGCCGAUAUCAUCCCCUCCAACGACUUCGCCUUCUACGAUCAGGUCCUCGACCACAUCCAGCUCUUCGGUGUUGUUCCCGAGCGCUACAGCAAGUACAACCUCCACGCCCUUGACGAGUACUUCGCCAUGGGCCGUGGUCUGCAGAAGGAGGGUGUCGAUGUCCCUGCUCUGGAGAUGGUCAAGUGGUUCGAUUCGAACUACCACUACGUCAAGCCUACCCUGCAGGACAACCAGGUUUUCAAGCUCGCUGCUGAGCCCAAGCCUGUUGCCCAAUUCCUUGAGGCCAAGGAGCUGGGUAUCAACACCCGCCCCGUCCUCUUGGGUCCCGUCUCUUUCCUUGUUCUGGGCAAGCCUGACCGUGGCCAGAGCGUUGACCCCAUCACUCAGCUGGACAAGCUCCUACCCCUCUAUGUCGACCUUUUGGCUCAGCUGAAGGCCGCCGGUGCUGAGGAUGUCCAGAUUGAUGAGCCCGUCCUCGUCUACGAUCUCGCUGAGAAGGCCAAGGCCGCUUUCAAGCCCGCUUAUGAGAAGCUCGGCAACUUGGGUGACAAGGCUCCCCGCCUGACCCUCGCCACCUACUUCGGUGACAUUGUCCACAACAUCGAUGUUCUGUCCCAUCUCCAGAACCUGCACGCUAUCCACAUUGACUUGGUCCGCAACCCCGAGCAGCUUGACACCGUCGUUGCUGCCCUUGGCCCCAAGCAGACCCUGUCCGCCGGUGUCGUUGAUGGUCGUAACAUCUGGAAGACCAACUUCAAGAACGCCAUCGAGAAGGUCGAGGCCGCUAUCCAGAAGCUCGGCAAGGACCGUGUUGUCGUCGCCACCUCCAGCUCCCUUCUUCACGUUCCCCACACUCUGGCCAGCGAAGACAAGCUCGAUGCUGAGGUCCGUGACUGGUUCAGCUUCGCUGUUGAGAAGGUCUCCGAGGUUGCUGUGAUCGCCAAGGCUGUGACUGAGGGCCCCGCCUCUGUCAGCGCUGAGCUCGAGGCUAACGCCAAGUCCAUGCACUCCCGUGCCACCUCUGCCCGCACCAACGACCCUGCUGUCAAGGCUCGCCAGGCUGCCGUCACCGCUGAGAUGCACAACCGCAAGGCGGCUUUCCCUGUCCGUAUCGCUGAGCAGACCAAGAGCAUCAAGCUUCCUCUCUUCCCCACCACCACCAUCGGUUCCUUCCCCCAGACUAGCCAGAUUCGUGUGACUCGCAACAAGUUCACCAAGGGUGAAAUCACCCCUGAGCAGUACGAGAAGUUCAUCGAGGAUGAGAUCCGCGCUGUUGUUAAGCUCCAGGAGGACCUCGACCUUGAUGUUCUGGUUCACGGAGAGCCCGAGCGUAACGACAUGGUUCAGUACUUCGGUGAGCGUCUCAACGGCUACGUCUUCACUGAGAAGGCCUGGGUUCAGAGCUACGGUUCCCGCUGUGUCCGUCCUCCCAUCCUGGUUGGCGAUGUGUCUCGCCCUGCCCCUAUGACCGUCAAGGAGUCCAAGUUCGCUGCUUCCAUCACCUCCAAGCCCAUGAAGGGCAUGCUUACCGGCCCCAUCACCUGCUUGCGCUGGUCCUUCCCCCGUGACGACAUUCACCAGUCCCAGCAAGCCCAGCAGCUCGCCCUCGCCCUGCGCGACGAGGUUGUUGACCUUGAGGCUGCCGGCGUCAAGGUUAUCCAGGUCGAUGAGCCCGCUCUUCGUGAGGGUCUUCCCCUCCGCGCUGGCACUGAGCGCGAGAAGUACCUCACCUGGGCUGUUGAUGCCUUCAAGCUCUCCACUGCUGGCGUUGAGAAUGGCACUCAGAUCCACUCCCACUUCUGCUACAGUGAAUUCCAAGAUUUCUUCCACGCCAUCGCUGCUCUUGAUGCCGAUGUUCUGUCUAUUGAGAACAGCAAGUCGGAUGCUAAGCUGCUGAAGGUCUUCAUCGAUGAGGCUUACCCCCGUGAGAUCGGACCCGGUGUCUACGAUAUCCACUCUCCCCGUGUUCCCACCGAGGAGGAGAUCAAGAACCGUAUCGAGGAGAUGCUGCAGUAUCUUCGCCCUGAGCAGCUCUGGAUCAACCCCGACUGCGGUCUCAAGACCCGUAAGGAAGCCGAGGCCACUGGCCAGCUCCAGUCGAUGGUUGCUGCUGCCAAGUUCUACCGCCAGAAGUAUGCUCAGUAA